AUGGCGUCUGUCCGAGUUAUGUUGCUGCUAUGGAGUCUAGCAGUAUUGUCUGUGUUGGCGCAACACCAGGAUGAAAAGUCCUUAAGAAUUCAGUCUAUAGCGGUCAACUGUCCAAUGAGGUCGCGGUCACACGAUUUCCGGUCCCGUCGUUAUGGCAGCAACACGCGCUAUUUCGGCCACGGCGCCCGACUAGCACAGGGCCCUAUCACACAGAAGACGAAGGAACCGAAACCCGCAUCCAAGAAACAAGAUUUAGAAGAAGGAAGUGGGAAAGAGGAAAAAGAAAAUGCAGAGAAGUUAUUGCAAGACCUCUACAUCCACUCGGCCAAUCCCGUGCUGGUCUCCUACCUGGGUCAUCUGGCCACGCCCCGUGACCUCUCCCAGCUCGAUGCCAUCAUUAGGGUAUGUGCGCACGUGUGUGUGUGUGUGUAUGUAAUACAGGAAACGUUUUUUAACCUUCCAUUAUUACCACAGCGGCAGAGGCAGAUUCGCUUCAAGAGCUCCUACCAAGAGCUUCCAGUGGUGCUCCGGCAGCCGGUCGGGGCAAAAGACCUCACAGGCCUUUCGUACUUCAUCCGCGUGGACGUUGACGAGGACCCGCCGCCCAGCACCGCCCUCACCCUCCUUCCCGAGGGCGCCAGGACCUACUUCCCGCCACAGGUCACGACGCCCCACCGCAAGAUCAAGAGUCGCCCUCACAAGGAUAAGAAGGAGAAAGAUGAAGACCCUCCGCUGCUUCUGCAGGAGCUCAAGGGCCAGAAGACAUCCAGGGGCCCGCAAAGGGACGGGCCCUCCAAGCCUGUCGCAGUUGGUGGUUAUCGAGAUGACAGUGAUCAUUUGACUUCGAAGACUUCCUCGACUUCAACAGCCUCCAGACUUGUAGCCUCCCCCCCUUCCUCUUCCUUCUUCUCUCCUGCAAAUCCCACACUAUCCCAAGCCAAUGACCCAAAGUUCCUGGCGAAGGGACUGACAGUCUCCUCGCGCUAUACCACUUUCCCUCAAUCUUCGAGUCAAGACAAGUCCCUCACCUCUGGCCACUCCUCUUCGCAACUUUCGCCAGCUUCGGAAAAUCUAAUCAUCCACAACUCAUUGCCAUCUGUUUCUUCGGCUUCCUUCCUUCCAUCCCCAAGUGGCCCUGGUCCAUUCAGCUCAAAUGUAUCGGGUGCUCCAGAUCCGUUCCAUUCUAGUAUCGUGACAUCGCAGCCAAUCUUUAUUUUUGAAUCUCCUGGGUCUACGUCUUCAAAGGCUUCCACCGGUUCUUUCGCUUCUCUUCCUGCUUCCCUAUCUCCGGGAAAAGCAUUAAAUGUACCUUCACAAUAUCUGGAACUUCCUAAUCGGUUUCCUCUACAUCCAGGAGUCUCUUUGCCUACUCAGUCUCUCGGUCAAGCUCCGUCUGUUUCCCAAUCCUUUGCCAUUCCUUCCAGUCCUUCUUUAGAUAUUCAGAAUCACUCUCAGCACCUAGAUCUUCCUUCAAAUCCUUCUCCUGAAUCUUCCCGAACUCUUCAUACGGCAAAAUCGGCUGCCAUUUCAUCUGAUCAAAAGACCCCUCUUCUUCCAAAUUCUUUACGGCUGUCGAAAGCCAUUCAAGUGUUCUCUCAUCCCUCCUCGCAGUCAACACUACCCUUCCAUGAGCUUUCUUCUAUCAUUGAUACUCAGCCUACCCAAGUCCUCUCUAACUCGCCUGCUUCAUCAGUGUCGUUUGAAGUUUCUCAGGAGCUGGAACCUCCCUCUCAUCCCUUUCCUCAGUCUGGACAUCCUUCGAAUCCUCUUCCGGUACCUUCUCCUCUUUCUUCCAAUCCUUCACGGCCAUCGAAAUCUUUUCCGCGACCCUUUUCUCCUCCUCCUCUUCCUCAGCCUUCUCCUCUUCGUCAGUCCCGUCCGCAAGGCACGCCCUCCUCUUCAUCCUCAGCAUCAUUAAUAACGACAGCUUCGCUUGGUGCCAAAGCCUCAUCCACCCCCGCUUCGCCAACUCCCACUCAGAAACUAUCGCAAGAAUCGCUAUCAGCUUCCAAACUUCAGGCCAACACAAACACAUUCUCCAAACAUCGGUCUCGGCAAAACCAGACUCCAUUAACCUCUUCUAAAGUGUCCGAUCCUAGGCCUAACGCUAAAGCUAAAUCGAUUUCUAGUAAGCCAGUUAACAGCAUCGAACAAAGCGAGUCCCUCCGGCGAGGCAGGAGUGAGGGACGCGGGCAAGGUGGAAGCAGAAACAGAGAAAAAGACAGAGGAAGUGGAGACGGAGAAGGAAGACAAAUUCAAAGCGGAAUAAACUCCGCCACUCCUGCAGACGGUAAGACGCGCAAUGUUCUUAACUCUGACGAUCCCUACGUCAACUCGAUACCCGGACGUAGUGGCAUCGACUACCCGACCUUCCAGACUUUGCCCAAAACAGGGUUCGACUGUUCCAGCAAGCAGUCGGGCGGUUACUACGCUGAUCCGGAGGCCGAUUGCCAGGUGUUCCACGUGUGUUGGGGAAGAAGAAGGGCUUCAUUCCUCUGUCCACGCUACAGUUGUGUGGAGAGAUGA